GUCGUCCCGCGGAAUGGUAUUUAAGUGGGAAAUGAUUCGGUAUGACAAAUCAGAAGUGAAAUAACUCAGCAACAGCGAGCAACAGGCUGCCAAUCGUUAAUAAAAACGAGAGACAACCAAGAAAUAGCACAAGCACCCCCAAAACCAAAUCAUUGAAGAAAUGGCCACCGCAUCAGCCCAUCUGCCCAUCCAGAAGCGCCAAGCCCACGAGCACAAUGGCGAACCCAGCUGCCGGGGUCUGGACGAGAUGAACCGCAUGUUCAGGAACUACUGGGACCCAACGGCCUACUGGGUGUGCGAGAAGCAGGGCACGCCCGCUCGUCUCCAGCGCUGUCCCAAGUCGCAGCUGUACUCCGAGGAACUGGGUCGCUGCGUCCACUAUGCCGACUGGGCCUGGACGGAUCCCAAGGAGCCGUCAAGCCGAGCCAAGAUCAGCCAAUCGGUGUCCACCAACUAGUUAUGUUAGCCAAUGGCUAGUCCUAAUUUAAUGCUAUUCUAAGACAACCAAACCUCAUUACGCUUAGGUCUAUUUUUACAAAAUACCUUUAUUUUUAAUGAAAAUAAGAAAAAAUCAGUACAAAAUCAAAA